ACAUGCUGGUUGUAGAAGCACUCACGCUGUUGACGAGCACGGAUGUAAUUUGAUAGAGCCGUGAAACAUAUAUUCUUGUGAGAUACAAGUGAUCAUUCGUGCAUAGGACUUUGGAUAUAGCUGUGCCCAUGUGAGAAAUUAUAAGAGGAGUGAGCAUAUCAUUGUUGCACAAUAGUGAUCGCAUAUACUUAUAAGACGUUUGACGAACUGUACAAGUGGUGAAGAUGCCUGUCACUGCAUUGGAUACAAAGGCUAUGCUACAAGUCCCGAGCCAGGAUGGUUUUGACAAGUACACGGCGUCAAUAGAAUUGUCGAACGCUUGCAGACAAUUCUACAAGUCUCGGGUAGAGACGGCAGAAGCUAUGAAGGAGAAAUGGGACAAGAGCCCGUCCACGACGACCGAUGCCAAUGGCAACGGGAGGCAGAAGAACUCCAUAGACAAGGCCAUGGAGACACUCAGAGCAGAAAUGGCGUCGCUUAUGGAUCAGGACCUGUCGCUGAUGAAACAGCUCCUUACACUGAACGAGACGAUCGAAGAUCUGAAAUGGCAGAGAAAGUAUUACUACAGCAAAGGCGACCUUCAAACCAGCUCGUGUGAUAUGGAAGGCAGUGAUUGGUCAGUCUCAGAAACGGAAAUGUACGAAUCGGACAGUGAUGUGCCCACGAAAUAUCCCUCCCCCUCCAACCUCUCCCUCGAAGGAAACUCGAAUACGGACAAUGAUUACCCCCCGCGAUGCACGUCGUCAAGGCAACAGAUCAAUCUCAACAAAGUGUGCAACAACAGCAAUCUAUACGAAAAGAGCAAAAAGUUGGACUCUCAAUGUUUAAUGAAUGGCAGUUCAUUCAUCUGUCACAGCGAACAGAAUUCAUUUGACUCUGGUAUCCACGAGCCAUCAUGCGAUGUUGAAAUAAGAGUAUAAGUGACAGUGUGAUCAUACAGACAUUUUUGACUGCCAGAACGUGAUUUCAUCCAUGUUUGACCCCAUUCGGAACACCUCGGCUGAUUCUAAUAGCUACACUACUCGACGACCGAAAUCCACCGAGACGUUCCGAAUGUUUGACCCUCCACCUGGUGGUGAAUCAGGGAACCAGAGUGCUCAUGACAAACACCCCUCAAAGACUGAAGAGUUCUGAUAUUCGAACUCAAGCUUAUGACUCUUUAUUGAAGGCGUGGACUGUUAUUACAAGCAUAUAUGCUUAAUUUAUUUGACCUGUCAUCUAUUUUAGAUGCAUAUGUUGUAGAUACAUGAACCAAAUGUAGAUUAUUAGUUAGAAACCUCAACGAACGUAGGUAACAAUCGCAGUUACCCUAAUAUUUGACAAGACAAGUAUUUUUUGCAAUUUUAAUAAGUUAUUGUGCAAUGAUAGAGUAGGUAUUUAAAAGUUUCGCCAUCUUUCAGUUUAAAAUGAAAGUAGUGUAUUCGAGACAAGAGACUUGUAGUUUCUUUAGCAAUAACGUGACAUUGUCUUAUCAAUCGGCAAUAGUUUUAGAAUAACACUUUCAUAAAUGUCAUGAAGAUGGUUAUUUACAAACAUUAAAACAAUUCUAAAUUAAUUUUUAAAUUAAAAUUUAAUUUGAUCACAACGGGUCCAGGUCUAUGCCUGACUAAACUCAUUUGCAUUCUAUUCAUUAUCAAUUUCAGCUGUGUUAUAAAUUUCAGUUGUAAAUUUCAGCUGUAAACAAAACGCACCACGUUUGUACAUAGCAUGACAACCGCAAUAUUAGGAUCACUACCAUUGUAUCACAUGGUCACGCGUUCAUCCGCUGUAUAUGUGGCUAUCUGUCACGAUUUAUAUUUCUGUUAUUGCUGAUUGAUAUGAACAUGUGUAUAUAUCAGUUAUAUCCCGACCCUGCAGUAUUGUAUAAGUUAAAUAUUACCAGAUCCGACUUGUCGAUUUCCGACACCCAGCAGCAUGAAGCUAGUCAUUCCGUACUUGACAGUUUUAUGUGGAACCCUACCAUUGUACGAAAACAUUGUUGUUGAAUACUAUACACUGUCAUGAAAUGUUUAUUAUGCCAGUGAAUAAAGUAUUGUGAAAAUAA